UUUGAGCUCAAUCGUCACAUACGGAUAUAAAAGAUUUAUUUUACAUCUUAAAAAAGUCUUGUGAAAUGUCAUCUUUAAAUGCAUUAUUUAAUCGUAUGCUUAAUUCUUAUUUAGGUGUCAUGCAUAUGUUAAAUUUAAAGCUGAUGCUAUUUAAGUAUUCCAUAUAAAUGUGUUUCCUUUUGUACGUUUGGGUUGUACUGCAGGUUUGUGCACUUGAUAGAGGUCUUGAGCAGAGAUUUCACAUCUGAAGCUUGCACACCGUUUAAAUCAUGGCCGUCUGUUCAACCGAAGUCCUUUCUCAGCCUCCUGCAUCCCUGGGGGACACCUUUUCCCCUAUGCUGAAGCGCAAACUGAUGUGGCAGAAUGCAGUACGUCACAUUAUCAACCAACGAGGAAUGCACCACGAGAGGCGAAUAGCCAAUACUCGCAAAAUCAUUGUUACCGAUGCCUACAUCGAAGACAUCAACAAGCAGAUCCGUAGCAAAGCCGCAAGGAGCAACGCUGGCAUGCACAAGCGCCGUUCUUCCGCCGCCCGCAUCCAUCCAUUACGAGACCGCAUCUCCACCUGCACCACAGAUUCUCUUGGUGAUGCUGACUUCUUCGUGAGCUGGGGCUUAACAGUGCGUGGGGUCUUCCUGCCCUCUCUACACCACAGGUUCAAGUCUCAGGACCUAGAGCGCCUGUACCAGCAGCACUCUUCUGGUCAGCGCCGAACUUCUCUUGUUGUCACAAAUGUUAUAGAUAUCCUUACCAAACUCCAUAUUCUCAUCAUCUACCUGGCUGUAGCUCCGGAGAUGGUGGACUCUCGACAAGGGUGGUUGGCUGGGAUCUUCAUGGCACUUGGAGCAGUUUUAUGCAUCUUAGUUCUUACCUGUAAGGGUUUGACAUCUCCAGAUUACCUGCGCUAUGUCGGGAUGGCGAGCUGGUUGUCUCAGACUGUGCAGGCGUUGGGUGGUUUGGUGUAUGGGCUGGAGAGUGACCAGUCUUGGUAUGUGCUCUUCACCCUGUUUGCCACUUACACAUUAUUGCCCCUACCUCUGCUGUGGUCCAUCUGCACUGGGUUCCUCACAGCUGCCUUGCACCUGUUGGUGGAUGCUCUUAGAAACCAUAAUGAUGCUGGCGUUGUAAGAAAGUUACUGGCAAAAGGUCUUUUGUAUAUGGGUAUGAACACUGCAGGGCUGUUCAUUCAUUACCUCUCAGAUCGUGCCCAAAGACAUGCCUUCCUUGAGACACGGCGAUGCAUCGAGGGACGGGUCAGGAUAGAGCGAGAGAACCAAAGACAGGAGCGCUUGGUAAUGUCCAUUCUUCCUCGAUUUAUUGCCAUGGAGAUGAUUUCUGACAUGAGUGCUAUGGAUGAUGAAUUACUCUCUCAACAGUUUCACAAGACCUACAUCCACCAUUACAAAGACGUCAGUAUCCUGUUUGCUGAUAUCAAAGGCUUCACUUCUCUCUCAAUGACCAUGUCGGCUCAGGAACUUGUGCGCACGCUUAAUGAGUUGUUUGGUCGGUUUGAUCGGCUUGCAGAGGAGAAUCAUUGCAUGAGGAUAAAGAUUAUUGGAGAUUGUUAUUACUGUGUGUCUGGAGUGCCAGAACCUGAGACGGCACAUGCUCGCUGUUGUGUGGAGAUGGGUCUGGCCAUGAUCAACACUAUACGACAUGUACGCAAGGAGUUGAAGAGAGACGUUGACAUGCGUAUCGGGAUCCACUCCGGCUCGGUUCUGUGUGGGGUUUUGGGUUUGCAGAAAUGGCAGUUUGAUGUGUGGUCUUGGGAUGUAGAUGUCGCCAACAUGCUAGAAGCUGGAGGCAUUCCGGGGAGGAUUCACAUAUCACGAGCAACCCUGGACUGUCUCGAGGGCGUAUAUAAGACAGAAGAGGGUCGAGGCCAUGAGCGGAAUGAGUUUUUACGCAAACACAAGAUCGAUACUUUUCUGAUCUGCCAUACGCUGCAGGAAGACAAGGAGCCACCCAGAGUCCGGAGGCCCAGCAAAGGCGAGACAUCAUGGAGCUCUGAGCUUCCCUUUGAUGACAUCAUUGGCAUGAACUGCAUCUUAGCUACUUUCACCAAUGGCUCCCUGGUGCAGUUCCCCGGUCAUAUUACAGCUCAUUGUGCCAACUCGAGAGAAAUCAACAAAAGAAUCAAGAAGGCCAUCGAGGUGCGCAGUAGUGAGCGAAUGCGCAAAGAACACAUCACGCCCUUCAUGCUGGUCUUCAAAGACACACACGUCGAGGGCAAGUUUUCCCAGAUGCGAGAUGAGAUGUUCAAGUCUAAUUUAGCCUGCUCCUUCCUCAUGCUCCUCUUCAUCAUGGCCGUUCAGGCCCUGAUUCCCUCACCACAAAUCUCUCCGAUGAUCAUCCAGUUUUUAGUUUUCCUAUUUGCCUACGUUCUGUUGCUUCUGGUUACACUGGCUGAGGAAUUUAAGUGCUCUCCACUGUACCUGCAACACCUGUGUUGCUGGAUCCACGAGACCAAGACCGUCCGUAACCUGCUGACCCUCACCGCUAUUGCUAUUAACUUCGGUGUGGCCUUCUCUGAUAUUUUAUGGUGUAACACAAUAGAGGUGAGUGAAAAGGACAACAAGACUCAGUGGCCAGUAAACAUCUGCACCCAUCCUGAGUUCUUUGUGUUAAGCGGCGUGGUCGCAAUGGUGACAUGUGCGGUCUUUCUAAGGCUUAGCUGUCUGUUGAAGCUCGCUGUACUGAUGUUGGUCAUCGCUGUUUACACAUACCUCAUUGAAGACGCCUUCCAUGUGCUCUUUAUACGCCAAAAUCUGCAUGGCCGAAUUCAAAGAUCUCAGCAUCUCAGAAAGAACGGCAUCUCUGUCUUGCUAAUGGCCAUGUUUGUUGUGGUUGUUCUUUAUAACAGUAGACAGUUAGAAACUACAGCCCGGCUUGACUUCCUAUGGCGUCUGCAGGCCAGACAGGAAGUGGAGGACAUGAAGGAACUGAGGGAACAUAACGAGUGUCUCCUUUAUAACAUCCUCCCUGCCCAUGUUGCUCGACACUUUCUCGAAAGAGACCAGAACAAUGAGGACCUGUUCUCUGAAUCAUACGAGAGAGUCGGGGUGAUGUUUGCAUCUAUUCCAGAUUUCACCGAUUAUUAUGAGAAGAAGGAGUUAAUUCAUCAAGACGUUGAGUGUCUCCGACUUCUUAAUGAGAUCAUAGCUGACUUUGAUGAGUUGCUUGAAGAACCUUAUUUCCAGGAAAUAGAAAAGAUCAAAACCAUUGGCAGCUGCUACAUGGCUGCAUCAGGCUUGUCUCCGGAGAAACAGGAAUGUGAAGAUGAAUGGGCCCACCUCAGUACGCUGGUUUUGUAUGCUUUGGCCAUGAAAGAAACACUGAAAGAAAUAAACAAGCGUACCUCAAACAAUUUCCAGCUGCGUGUUGGCAUUUCUCAUGGACCUGCUGUUGCUGGAGUGAUUGGAGCCACCAAGCCCCAAUAUGAUAUUUGGGGCAUGACAGUGAAUCUAGCUAGCCGAAUGGACAGCACGGGUAUAAGUGGCCGCAUUCAAGUCCCAGAAGCCACAAGCCGCAUCCUGGCUGACCGCGGCUUUGUGAUACAGCUUAGAGGAGACAUCUUCAUCAAAGGGGUCAGCGAGCAACGGGGAGGGGUUCGCACGUACUUUGUCAGCAACAGAGAACAGAGCUCGAACUACGCUGAGAGGAGCACCUGCAGAGGGGUCUCCCAUGGGAGAAACACCCUUGCUGCUAUGGUUUUUAACAUGGUGCAGGCUCGAAAGAAAGAGGAGUUACGAGAGGCUAAUGGUGGCUUUCAUCUUAUGGAGAUGUCAUGAAUUUGGAUAGACUGAAGCAAAACUGAACUGGAACCAUAUUUUAUACCUCUUUUUUUAGAGAUGUGUCUCUUUUAUGAUUUAUGGCCUUGCAAGAGAUUCAGUAUGGUCUGUAUUUCUGUAUUCAUAUUAACAGUUUAAUGACUAAGUCUGUGAAAACCCAGCUAAAGAUAUGGUUUUGUGAUUUCCUGUUUUUACAUAAAAUCAUCCUACGUAAUGUAAAGAACAUUCUGUAAAAAUAUAACUUGAUAUCUUUAAUGGAAAACACCACCAUUUUUAAAAAUAUUUUACUAUGAUUUUACCUCAACAGACGAAUUAAUACAUAUCUAUCUUUUUUCAAUGCGUUCACUUAAUCGUUGUACAGCGCAGUGUGAAUGUGUUAGCAUUUAGCCUAGCCCCAUUCAUUCCUUAGGAUCCAAACAGGGAUGAAUUUAGAAGCCACUAAACACGUCCAUGUUUUCCCUAUUUUAAGACUAUUACAUUAGUAGUUACACAAGUAAGUAUGGUGACACAAAAUAAAAUAUGGCGAUUUUUUAAGUAUAUUAAAAAUGAACUAUACAAUAUGGCGGAAGAGCACUUUGUUUGCAGCACUUCGACCUUGGGCGCAGUAAUAUUGACCGAAGUUUGAGCGAAAGGGGGAGUAGUUAGGAGUGAUGAUGUUACUGCGCGUCUUUAAAUAGGGAAAACAUGGAAGUGUUUGGUGGCUUGUAAAUUCAUCCCUGUUUGGAUCCUAAGGAAUGAAUGGGGCUAGGCUAA